CAUAAAUAUUGCAUUUCAUAACUAUAUUUGAAAACGAAACAUAAAAGGGAAAAGAAGUCAAUAUCAUCCUUAUAACGGACUGUGAAUACUGAAAUUGGGGUUUAAUUUUGAUAUUCAUGAAUCAGUAUCAUUCGUCAGCAUUACACUGGGCUAAGAAGCUUACAUUUAUAACUCAGUGGCUGUUCUAAAUUGAUGUACUGUAGGAGAAGCAGUACAAGCAAGCCUUAGCCUAGAAUAAUUCUAACUUUAAUUUUAUACAGUAAUUGACUUGAUCAUAAGAUUCACUCUAUUUUUUCUUCUAAGAAUUCACAUAAACAUUCACAAAGUACAAUUUUAGCAAUGAUUAUAUGAAAUACCUUGUCUAUAGAAAUGAUAAAGGAUUUUGCAUUUUUCUUUGAAGGGACAUGUCAUUCUUAGUGUUAAAUGCUAACGCAUGACCAUGACCUCUAUCAGAUGCAAUGAUCCCUGUUCCCCUAUUAAAUUUUCUUUUGGAUAUACAUUGUUAAUUUGUUAUUUAGUUUAACAAUACUAUGUUAAUCUACUCCAUCAGGGAAAGAUUCGGGCCAUUAUCUAUGCUGAAAGGGCAGCAAUGCAAUUUAUGGAAGCUAUUGCUCCAGCUGAAUACAAGGUGUCAGAAAAGACGAGAGAAGCUGGUUUUGGCAUUGAACCAGAUGAUAUUGCCUCACUGGUUCGAGGCCAUGAUUACAAGAGCUAUAAAAGAAUCGGUCAAGUUGAAGCAAUUAUAGAGAAACUUGGUGCCUCGGUUGAUGACGGUGUUGGUAGCGGCAGUAUAGAUACCAGGCAGGAGAUUUAUGGAGUCAACCGUUAUACUGAGAAACCUUCUAAAAGCUUCCUGAUGUUUGUUUGGGAAGCACUGCAUGACUUAACACUAAUCAUUCUCAUGGUCUGUGCGCUAGUUUCUAUAGCCAUUGGGCUUCCCACCGAAGGAUGGCCAAAAGGUGUUUAUGAUGGUCUGGGAAUCAUACUUAGUAUCUUCUUGGUAGUCAAUGUUACUGCUAUCAGUGACUAUCAGCAAUCCCUGCAGUUCAGGGAUUUGGACAAGGAAAAGAAAAAGAUCUUUGUUCAGGUUACAAGGGACAGAAAACGACAGAAGGUCUCAAUUUAUGAUUUGGUUGUGGGAGAUAUUGUUCAUUUGUCAACUGGUGAUCAAGUUCCUGCUGAUGGCAUUUAUAUAUCAGGAUAUUCUUUGGUAAUUGAUGAGUCAAGUUUGACAGGUGAGAGCGAACCAGUAAAUAUAGAUGAAAAAAGACCUUUUCUUCUUUCGGGAACCAAAGUUCAAGAUGGUCAGGGGAAGAUGAUAGUUACGACUGUCGGCAUGAGGACUGAAUGGGGAAAGUUGAUGGAAACUCUAAGUGAGGGUGGAGAGGAUGAGACUCCACUACAGGUGAAAUUAAAUGGAGUUGCUACAGUUAUUGGUAAAAUUGGUUUGACUUUUUCUGUGCUGACAUUUCUGGUGUUGACAAUAAGGUUUGUGGUGGAAAAAGCAAUUACUGGUGAUUUUUUCAGUUGGUCUUCAAAUGAUGCAUUGAAGCUGCUGGACUACUUUGCUAUUGCGGUAACCAUAAUAGUUGUUGCAAUUCCUGAAGGAUUGCCAUUAGCUGUAACACUUAGUCUUGCUUUUGCAAUGAAAAAGUUGAUGAAGGAUAAGGCACUUGUGAGACAUCUUUCUGCUUGUGAAACUAUGGGUUCGGCAACUUGCAUCUGCACAGAUAAAACAGGAACAUUGACCACUAACCACAUGGUGGUUAAUAAACUUUGGAUAUGUGGAAGGAGCACGGAGAUUAAAGGCUAUGAGAGCGUUGACAAACUAAAGACAGAGGUACCUGAAGAAGUUUUAAGCAUCCUUUUGCGAGCUAUAUUUCAAAAUACUUCUUCUGAAGUAGUUAAGGACAAAGAUGGAAAUUCAACAACAUUGGGCACACCAACAGAAUCGGCAUUAUUGGAAUUUGGCUUGCUUUCAGGUGGCGAUUUUGAUGCGCAGCGUGCAACAUAUAAGAUACUUAAGGUUGAGCCUUUCAAUUCAGUCCGGAAGAAGAUGUCUGUGCUAGUAGGUCUUCCUGAUGGAGGUGUUCAAGCUUUCUGCAAAGGUGCUUCAGAAAUAGUAUUAAAAUUGUGUAACAAAGUUAUUGAUCCUAGUGGAAUAGUUGUUGAUCUUUCUGAUGAGCAGGCAAAGAACGUCUCUGACAUUAUAAAUGGCUUUGCCUCUGAAGCUUUGAGAACUCUUUGUUUAGCUGUCAAAGAUGUAAAUGAAUCCUCAGGGGAAACCAGCAUCCCUGAAGAUGGCUAUACUCUGAUAGCCAUUGUGGGAAUUAAGGAUCCUGUGCGCCCUGGGGUUAAGGAAGCUGUUCAAACUUGCUUAGCUGCUGGAAUAACUGUCCGCAUGGUUACCGGUGAUAACAUAAAUACAGCGAAAGCUAUAGCUAAAGAAUGUGGUAUACUUACGUGGGAUGGUGUAGCUAUAGAAGGACCCCAAUUUCGUGACUUGUCACCAGAGCAAAUGGAGAGUAUUAUACCAAGAAUUCAGGUUAUGGCGCGAUCCUUACCUCUUGACAAGCAUACCUUAGUAACCCGUUUGAGGAAUAUGUUUCGUGAGGUUGUAGCUGUUACUGGCGAUGGAACCAAUGAUGCUCCUGCACUGCAUGAGUCGGACAUUGGGCUUGCUAUGGGCAUAGCUGGAACUGAGGUUGCCAAAGAAAAUGCGGAUGUCAUUAUAAUGGAUGAUAACUUCACUACUAUUGUCAAUGUGGCCAGAUGGGGACGGGCCAUAUACAUAAACAUUCAAAAAUUUGUGCAGUUUCAGUUAACAGUCAAUAUUGUUGCUCUGAUUAUUAACUUUGUUUCUGCAUGUAUCACAGGAUCUGCUCCCCUCACAGCUGUUCAGUUGCUUUGGGUGAACUUGAUUAUGGACACUCUGGGCGCAUUGGCUUUGGCCACUGAACCUCCGAAUGAUGGACUUAUGCUAAGACCCCCUGUUGGAAGGACAACAAGUUUUAUUACCAAAUCCAUGUGGAGAAAUAUUUUUGGUCAAAGUAUAUAUCAACUAAUUGUUCUUGCGGUUCUCACUUUUGACGGGAAGAGACUACUGAGAAUUGAUGGUCCAGAUUCAACUAUAGUGCUCAACACUUUGAUAUUCAACUCCUUUGUAUUUUGCCAGGUUUUCAAUGAGAUAAACAGCCGAGAUAUUGAAAAGAUAAACAUAUUCAAGGGGAUUUUUGAGAGCUGGAUAUUUUUUACGGUUAUUUUGUCGACAGUGGUAUUUCAGGUAGUGAUAGUUGAGUUCCUGGGAACACUUGCCAGCACAGUGCCUUUAAGCUGGGAAUUCUGGGUACUCAGCGUGGUAAUUGGAGCAAUUAGCUUACCCAUAGCUGCUAUACUUAAGUGCAUCCCAGUUGACAAAAGAGAAGCCACAUACCACCAUGAUGGUUAUGAGCCACUGUCUGGUCCCGAGCUCACAUUUACACUUCUUCAACAAACACAUUUUCGUGAAAGUAUAAUAUCAACAUGUCAAGAAUGUGGUAUACUUACGUGGGAUGGUGUAGCUAUAGAAGGACCCCAAUUUCGUGACUUGUCACCAGAGCAAAUGGAGAGUAUUAUACCAAGAAUUCAGGUUAUGGCGCGAUCCUUACCUCUUGACAAGCAUACCUUAGUAACCCGUUUGAGGAAUAUGUUUCGUGAGGUUGUAGCUGUUACUGGCGAUGGAACCAAUGAUGCUCCUGCACUGCAUGAGUCGGACAUUGGGCUUGCUAUGGGCAUAGCUGGAACUGAGGUUGCCAAAGAAAAUGCGGAUGUCAUUAUAAUGGAUGAUAACUUCACUACUAUUGUCAAUGUGGCCAGAUGGGGACGGGCCAUAUACAUAAACAUUCAAAAAUUUGUGCAGUUUCAGUUAACAGUCAAUAUUGUUGCUCUGAUUAUUAACUUUGUUUCUGCAUGUAUCACAGGAUCUGCUCCCCUCACAGCUGUUCAGUUGCUUUGGGUGAACUUGAUUAUGGACACUCUGGGCGCAUUGGCUUUGGCCACUGAACCUCCGAAUGAUGGACUUAUGCUAAGACCCCCUGUUGGAAGGACAACAAGUUUUAUUACCAAAUCCAUGUGGAGAAAUAUUUUUGGUCAAAGUAUAUAUCAACUAAUUGUUCUUGCGGUUCUCACUUUUGACGGGAAGAGACUACUGAGAAUUGAUGGUCCAGAUUCAACUAUAGUGCUCAACACUUUGAUAUUCAACUCCUUUGUAUUUUGCCAGGUUUUCAAUGAGAUAAACAGCCGAGAUAUUGAAAAGAUAAACAUAUUCAAGGGGAUUUUUGAGAGCUGGAUAUUUUUUACGGUUAUUUUGUCGACAGUGGUAUUUCAGGUAGUGAUAGUUGAGUUCCUGGGAACACUUGCCAGCACAGUGCCUUUAAGCUGGGAAUUCUGGGUACUCAGCGUGGUAAUUGGAGCAAUUAGCUUACCCAUAGCUGCUAUACUUAAGUGCAUCCCAGUUGACAAAAGAGAAGCCACAUACCACCAUGAUGGUUAUGAGCCACUGUCUGGUCCCGAGCUCACAUAAAGUACGUCAACACUAUUAUAUCUUUACCCUUCUAUCAUUUUCUUUUUGUAAAUCUGGCUGAAAUUUUGGCCUUUCUUGUCUGUGUUCUAAUUUUUAAGAAACUUUCUAAACAUUAAAAAAAUGGAGUUAGGAAUAGCCACACACGUUCUUAAUUCAUAUCGAUCAAUAUGAUUGAACAAAUUUAUUUGAUUCA